AUGAUCAACGGCUACCGCGGAUUCGCCGAGUACGCGAAAGAUCUUUUCAACGAGCCGGCCCUCGCGGACGUGGUCAUCCUGCUGGACAAUGAUCAUCAAGACCAGGAGAACGGUACGGAAAGCACCCGGACGUUCCACGGCCACCGCGUGGUGCUUGCCACCAUGUCGAACCACUUCCAAACCCUGCUCGGGGAGACCGAAAAGCGCGAGAUUCAUCUGAAGGACGUUCCGUACUCGACGUUCGAGCUCUGCGUGCGGUUCGUGUACUGCGGCUGGGACGAUCGGCUGGCAAAUUGUGGCCUGAAGAUGGACGGAUUUCUUGAGGCGUCGCUUGCGACGGUUCAAAAGAUAAUCGCCGUAAAAGUUAUGAGCUGCUCGAAGGGUGAACUUCACGAAGUGAUGACCCGCUGGGUCACAGCCAACAAGAACGGACUUUGCACCAAGAAACUCAAAGCUGCAGCCAGCAUACCCGCAGCGAAAUCUCCGCAAGAAUCGCUCGAUACGUCACGCGAAUGCUCGUUCUCGUCGGAAAUGGUUUUCCACCUAUGUCUGAACCUUUUCGGCGUUACUCUGGCGUUCAAGAGUAUCGAAAAAGUUAGAUCCGAGCUGAUCGUCAGCCGAAAGGUUCGCAUCGAUUGCGACUUUACACUGCCGCCGCAGCAGGUCGGCAACACGCUCAUUCGAAACAUUUUCUUUCUUCAAGCCGAUCAAGUUGUUUACUUCGCCUGCCCAGCGCUGCCUUGCUGUGAGAUCAGAGAAAACGAAAUUUGCCGAUUGGAGUUUAAACAUUAGAAAAUGGAUUUUUUCUUCCCGGAAAUUAACAUCAAACAGGAAGUGCAAAAAUUGAUGCGAAAUGCCGACUUGGCCUACGAGCAACAGCAGGAGGAAGAGCGGAAAAGACUUGAGCAGCAACUGCAAGAAGAAUCGGAGCGGGAGGAGAAAGCGAUGCUGGAGAAGCUCCAGCAGCAGCAAAUGGAGCGUCUCAGGGCGAAGGAAAACGCUCUGAUUGCGUUGAAACAGGACAAGGAACGGCAACGGGAGGAGUUUUUGAAGGCUAAAACGAUUCAGUUGAAAAUCAAUAAUUGCGACGAAAUCCGAACGUACAUUCAGCAGAAGCACCACGAGGAAGCGAAGCGCUGCCAACUGGCCCAAAUUGAGGAGAAGAUGAAGCUCAAACAGGCCCGCAAGGACGAAGAAAAAAUGUGGAAGGAAAUUCACCUCCGAAACUACACGAAAGAGCUGGAACGUGACACACUGGAACUCCGCGCCCGCAAGAUCAGGGAGGAAAAAGCCUUGCUGGACAUCAAGGAGCAAAUCAAGGAGCGGGCCCUCAAAGCGGAACAGGAACGGAUCGAACUGCAGGAGGUGCGCUGCAACUCGUUGCCGUUUCCCGACCAUGACGGCAAGCUGAUUCAGCUGAAAAAGACCGACCUGGCGGAGAAGCUGCGCCAGCAGAUGGAAACGACCCGGAUGCUGCAGAAGAAGCGCGACGAGCAGGAACGGGAAGUGGUGCGCACGCUUAACGAGGGCAUGCAGCGGGAGUUGGAGCGCGAGAAGAAGGCGAGGGACGCCGAGCGGGAGACUCUGGCCAAACAAAUCAAUCAGUAUUACCAGUACUCGAAGCACGUGGAGAAGCAGCGACUGAUUGAGGAAGCCAAGAUGGAUAAGCUGAUUCGAGAUGUUCGCCAGCAGUACGACCAAGCGGCGGUUGAAAGUUGCCAGAUGGCGCUGCGCAAGCGAUGGGGUUUGGCCGAUAUCGUUUACGACGGUCAGCGCAAGCAAAUCGCCGAAGCCGAGGACAGACGGCGGCGCGAACGUGAGCAGGAACUUCAGGAGGGCAUUCGGGAGCGUGAAAUCUACGAACAGCACCGGAAGGCAAGCUUCGAGGCCGACAAUCGGACGCAGCUGGCGGUGAAGCAGUACCGGGACACGCUCAAGGAGCAGAUCGUGUCGGCGGGUCUGGAGCGGGAGCGCAGCAAACGUCACGACCAGAUGCUCACGAACAAGCUUGUGGAGGCCAACGCCCAAGAGUUGGACUUUGUGCAGACGUACGUGAAGGGAUCGUUUGAUAGUCAUUUCAAGCAGCAUCCGAACGCGUCGUUGCUGAAGAAGAAAUGAUGAUUUUGUUUCAUUGUGUUUCUUAAAUAAAUUAAUAUCGCGGUUAGCGAUUUCUAUUCA